AUAUUACAUACUCAGCGAUCGUGUUAUUGCAUACUAGAUGUACAUCUGAUUCAUUGUUUUAGAUACACAGUAUAAUAAAACGACACCUUAAAUAACAAGAAAAGUAUGUAUAGGAAAGGAAGUUUAACAUUUAUUGUGUUCUUGAUUUUUCAAACGGUGGACGCCCAGUACAGAGAUAUAAGCCGGCUGGUUGCUAAACUACAGAAUGGGUACAGGAAAGAUGUAUUGCCGACGAGGACGUCGGGAUCGUAUGUAGCAGUAAAAGUCUACCCGGCGAUAGUACGGAUAGAAGAUCUUGAUGCAUAUAAAGAAGAGCUGACUUCUACAAUCAGUCUAUCUUUGUACUGGAAAGACGAGAGACUGGCAUGGGAUCCAAGAGAUUACGGCGGUGUCACAGAGGUACGUGUUCCAGCGUCUACAAUUUGGCUCCCGGAUAUUUCCGUCUAUAAUACUCUGUAUCCACCAGAAGCAUUUCAGGACAAAUUGGUUGAGGUGUCAAGUCUAGGACGUGUACUUUUUGUGAGAAACGUGCAUGCACGAUCAUUCUGUCACGUAGAUUUAACGUGGUUUCCACGUGAUGAGCACACGUGUGAACUGAUCUUCAGCUCCUGGAUUUAUUCUAGUCAGAAAGUGAUGAUGGAGUUUAUGCACGUGAACACGAGCAGGACAGAUGUUCCUGUCCUUGCUGACACAGACCCCAACAUCAUCAACCUAGACGGGAACAAAUGGCAGCUGAGAGGACGAAAAGCGAGCGCAGAAAUAAAUCUGUUUACUUAUUCUUGUUGUUUAGGUCUAUUGUUGGUGUUUGGAGAAAUCCUUCCACUCAUUGCACUGUGCCUUUAUGUUCCAGCAUAUUCUAACUUUCCGUUUGUUGGAAUGAUAAACUUCUUCUGCAUAAUUUCUGCCACAUGUGCUCUGAUAUUCUCUACAAUCACAACAAACCUUAGUAGCAUGGACAAGAUGCCACUACCAGUUUGUCUACAGAAUUUUCUCAUUAAAGUUACACCAAAAAGGCGACCAGUUAACAGAAAUGAGAAAAGCUAUACCAUAAACAACAUACGUGAAAUAGAAUGGGACAAUCUUUUACAUGAGACUCAUGAAAUGGACGUCAUAAGUUCCUCUAAUGAACCUAACGGAUCAGUAAAUAGACCUAAUGGAUUAGUAAACCAACCCAACGGUGUAACAAAUGAAGUCAACAACACUGAAAGAAGACAAAUUACUGACAUUGUGAAUAUAAAAUCAGCUUUAUCCAAUAUUCUAUAUGAACUAAAACAGAUUCAUUCAUUGACUUAUAAUAUUUUGGCGGGGAAAGAAAAGCCAGACUGGUUAACUUUUGCAACUUUCCUGGACAAAGUGUUCUUUUUGGUGUUUUUGGUGCUUUUCAUUGUGGAAAUAAUUGUUCUUUUCCUGAGUCUGUAACAAUAAGAUUAUUGUCAUUAUUUUUAUAAUCAUACAUUCAUGAUAUUCAUGUUAAACAUCUAUUGUUACACUGUACUUAUUUUUCAAACAUGUUGAUUUAAUGUUUCCUAUUGAUGUAAUUUGCUGUUUAUUUUUUUUUAUUUGCAUUUAUUAAUUAUCAUCGUCAAAUGGACCAUUUACAAGAAAUAUGUUUAAUGAACGAUUUUUGUUACAAGCAAAACCGCACCUUAACAAUAAAAUUGCUAACCUAGAAGUCGGAGUAGUUGAAAAGCAAAUUUCUUUUGUUACAGUAAAGGACAUGGAGAUAUUUUGAAAUUUUCAUUUUAGUCCUUUUAAAUGUUUGCAUUUUUGUAGUAGCAUUUGUACUUACGUUGAAGAAUACUUAGGCUUUAAUUCAUUGUUUAAUUUUUAGGUUAUUGAACAUAAUUUUCACAAACUACAAUUAUUUUUGUCCCCUACUUUUCACAGACUACAAUUAUAUUUUUCUCCAGGGGACAUUCCCUUUCAUGCUUUUGAACUAAGAAAUGACAUCAUUUAACUCGCCGUGAUGCAUUUAAAGAAGUAUAGUGUACCAUUUGCUGUGGCAUAUUUCACCAUAGUGUACCAUCUGCCUUGAUUUAAUGUUUAGAACAUUUAAUGUGACUCUUUAUUAUAAUAUGUAGUAACAGAUUAUGUUUGACAUACAAAUUUGAUUUUAUCUUGUUAGAAUAUUAUAUAUUUAAAGAUUUUCUUGUGUAACAGGAUAAAUUGUAAAAAUAAAAAGAUUUUUCUAUGCUAAGUAUUUAUGUCGCUUGUACAAUGUUUCAAUUGAUUCAUGUUGUUAUACAGCCUAUGAUGAAGAUUUAGUGAAAUUCCAAUCACAGCAGUUGCUGUCGACCAUAUAAGUGACAUCUUAAGAAGACUGUAAGUAAUUGUACAUACGGAUGGAGGAUAGUGCAAGAUACAGUGGAUACUCAAAUUACUGGCUACCCUUGUCGCAUGCCAGGUGAAAAGCUCCCAUACAAGCGAUUCUUAUCCGAAUGCUAUUUUUUAGCUUGAAGACCGGGGGCUCAAUCUCACAACUCUGGUUUCUAGGUCUGGCAACAUUACCACUUGGCCACAUCGUCCACUCUCGCUUAAAACAUCAUUCUGACAGCGAGUGCCCUUCAGGAAGACACUGAACUCUUUGAUAGACAGUGUGUUGUCAAUGACCCUUAAUAUGUUUACACUGUUCUUAUCAGUGGAAUUUGGAUCAUUAUAUAUGACAUCUUGCUGUGAAAGUAUGUUAUUUUAAAGUAUACGGGCAGGGAGUCAACUUUAUAAUAUGAAUACAAGCGGAUGCGGAGUGGCUAUCGUGUUAGCAGCCGUUGUUAUGGCAACAACCGGACUUAUAUGUCAGUUCCCACAUUGUGGGAUGGUAAAGUGUAAUUUCGUAGAUCCAGAAAAUUGCACCGGAACAAUCAGGAUGGGUGGCGGCUACUGCGGCUGUUGCAAGGCAUGUUUUACGGAAGUCGGUGCUGGCGAAACAUGUGAAAAAAGUAAAGACCCCGUCGAUGCAUUAUUUUACCCGCCAACUGUUUUAUGCGAGACUGGGUUCUACUGCGAGCACAAUACUUCAACAUGUGAACCCCUUCCUGGUUUCAGUCUUGGAUAGACACAUUUUGUUGUUCAAAACUAUUUACACCGCAAUACGCAAGACCUAAUUGUUUUGUCCCCUACUUUUCACAGACUACAGUUAUUUUUUUCUCCUGGGGACAUUCUCUUUCAUGCUUUUGAAUUAAGAAAUGACAUCAUUUAACUCGUCGUGAUGCAUUUUAUCUUGUUAGAAUAUUAUAUAUUUAAAAGUUUUCUUGUAUAACAAGAUACAUUGUAAAAAUAAAAAGAUUUUUCUAUGCUUAGUAUUUAUGUCACUUUUGAACAAUGUUUCAAUAGUUUAGUGUUGUUGUACAGUCUAUGAUGAAGAUUUAGUGAAAUUCCAAUCACAGCAGUUGCAGUCGCCCUUAUAAGUGACAUCUUAAGAAGACUGUAAGUAAUUGUAUAUACGGAUAGAGGAUAGUGCAAGAUACAGUGGAUACUCAAAUUACUGGUUACCCUUGUCGCAUGCCAGGUGAAAAGCUCCCAUACAAGCGAUUCUUAUCCGAAUGCUAUUAUUUUUAGCUUGAAGGCCUGGGAUCCAAUCUCAUGAAUCUGAUUUCGCAAUCUGGCAACAUUACCACUUGGCCACUGCGUCCGCUCUCGCUAAAAUCAAACAACAUUCUGACAGCGAGUGCCCUUCAGGAAGACACUGAACUCUUUGAUAGAUAGCGUGUUGUCAAUGACCCUUAAUCUUAUCAGUGGAACUUUGAUAAUUAAAUAUAUGACCUUUUUGCUGUGAAAGUAUGUUAUUUAAAGUAUACAGGCAGGGAGUCAAUUUUAUAAUAUGAAUACAAACGGAUGCGGAGUGACUAUCGUGUUAGCAGCCGUUUUAUGGCAACAACCGGGCUUAUAUGUCAGUUUCCACAUUGUGGAAUGGUAAAGUGUAAUUUCGUAGAUCCAGAAAAUUGCACUGAAGUUCCCCUUGUUGUUUCGCAUGCUAGGUGAAAAGCUCCCAUACAAGCGAUUCUUAUCCGAAUGUUUUUUAGCUUGAAGACCGGGGGCUCAAUCUCAGGACUCUGGUUUCUCGGUCUGGCAACAUUACCACUUGGCCACUGCGUCCUCUCUCGCUAAAAUCAAACAACAUUCUGACAGCGAGUGCCCUUCUGGAUGACACUGAACUCUUUGAUAGACAGCGUGUUGUCAUUGACCUUAAACCUGAUUACACUGUUCUUAUCAGUAGAAUUUUGAUAAUUAAAUAUAUGACCUUUUGCUGUGAACGUAUGUUGUUUUAAAGUAUACAGACAGGGUGUCAGCUUUAUAAUAUGAAUGCAAACGGAAGCGGAGUGGCUAUCGUGUUAGCAACCGUUGUUAUGGUAACAACCGGACUUAUAUGCCAGUUUCCACCUUGUUUGUUGGUAAAGUGUAAUUUCGUAGAUCCGGAAAAUUGCAACGGAACAAUCAGGAUGGGUGGCGGCUACUGCGGCUGUUGCAAGGCAUGUUUUACGGAAGUCGGUGCUGGCGAAUCAUGUCACAGUGAAACUAAAGACUCAUUAUUUUACCCACCAACUGUUUUAUGCAAGACUGGGCUCUACUGCGAGUACAAUACUUCAAUGUGUGAACCCAUUCCUGGUUUCAGUCUCGGAUAGACAAUUUUGUUGUUCAAAACUGUUUACACUGCAAUACAAAAAAGACCUAAUUGAAA